GUGAGCCGUCCCAUUUCCACCUGCGCCUUAGGGUGACAUCACGAGUACUUUAUACACGGUUCUGUCUCGCUCUCAACUUUCUUUUUGCUUCGUUACCUGCAAUGAUCGACUUUCAGUGCUAGCGAUAGGGUUUUUCUCAGAUUUUCUCGAAUUUCUACGGAGCUAAUGGAAAUGGCCAGUAACAAUGGAUCCCUCUGUUUGAACGAUGACUCGCCCAGCUCUGGCUGCGUCGGACUAGACCAGUCAGGGAAAGCCGAGCAGCCGCUGCUCAAAUCAAAAUCCUCCGCGUCAGAAUCACAGCCGGCGGCCUGCGUUGUCUCUGAGAGUCUUAAUGCGAUGGAGAAGAAGUAUGGUGCCUUCGUGCGGAAGGAUGCGUACGGUAUCAUGGGACGAGGGGAGCUGCCGACGGUGGAGAAGGUCCUGCUCGGGAUAGCGGUGGUGACGCUCGUUCCUAUCCGACUUGCGGUGGGGAUCUUCAUCCUAGUGCUAUACUAUGUGAUCUGUAGGUUCUGCACGCUCUUCUUGGCUCCGAAUCGGAAUGACGAACAGGAAGACUACGCCCACAUGACCGGGUGGAGGAGGGAUGUUGUGGUGCGAUGUGGGAGAUUUUUGUCGAGGGCCAUGCUAUUUAACUUCGGAUUUUACUGGAUCGAAGAGACUCGAUUGUACUUGUCUGAGGUGGAGAAGCCUCUCAACAAACACAUUUUGAAGGGCAAUGAAGUCACCCAAUGUUUUAGCUCAAAGGAGAGAAGCUUGGCACUAUUAGCACAAAUCACUAGGUUGCAAUACCCUAUCAUCAAGGAUGAGCACAGUGAGCAAACCGAUGAGUUUAAAAGAGCAGGGGUGAUUGUAUCGAACCAUGUAUCGUAUUUGGAUAUUCUCUAUCACAUGUCAUCUUCUUUUCCCAGUUUUGUUGCCAAGAGAUCAGUAGCCAAGCUUCCUCUAGUUGGGAUUAUUAGCAAAUGCCUUGGUUGUGUCUUUGUCCAGAGGGAAUCAAAAGCUUCUGAUUUUAUGGGUGUUUCAGGUGUUGUAACAAAAAGGAUUCAAGAGGCCCAUCAAAAUAAUCAAGCUCCAAUGAUGUUACUUUUUCCAGAAGGCACUACUACGAAUGGUGACUACCUUCUUCCGUUUAAAACGGGUGCCUUUCUAGCCAAAGUGCCGGUUCUUCCAGUAAUUCUACGAUACCCCUACCAAAGAUUUAGUCCGGCAUGGGAUUCUAUAUCUGGGUUACGCCAUGUGUUCUUGCUUCUUUGUCAAUUUAUCAAUUAUAUUGAGGUGACCCGUUUGCCUGUGUAUUACCCUUCUGAUCAAGAGAGGGAGGAUCCUAAACUUUAUGCUAGUAAUGUUCGAAAGUUGAUGGCUUCUGAGGGGAAUUUGAUACUUUCAGACGUUGGAUUACCAGAGAAGCGAAUCUACCAUGCAGCGCUGAAUGGUUUAUUUAUUCAAAGCUAGUUCGGAUUUGCGACCUGUAAAUUCUCCUUAUCUCAUCUUCUAAUUUAAAAAAUUAGAAAAUAUAAAAGAAUGCAUUGGAAUGGAUGUUUCUUUCUUACAUGCACUUAAAAUCUCAAUGCUCAGUAUGCUCAAGGAAUUCCUUAAAAACAUGACCCAUCAAGCAUUUAGUGUGUCAAUUACAAUAUGUACGCAACUGAAACAAAGGAAAUGCGAUUUUGUUGACUUAGUAUGAGAUUUUGGUUACAAAAUUCUUUUAGCUUCGAUGUUUCAACAUAACAAAUUCUGCAAGUUGUUACCUCUAUUAGGGCAAAGAUGUUUGAUGCUUCGAAGAGGAUUAUGAUGAAAUGCAGUGCUUUUGAGAGA